UCCCUGACCAUUCAGCUCUGCGCCCAUAUGUUCUCAUUGCUGUACCCCAAUACAGGUCGCUGCCUUUUGGACAGACCCAUUGAGUGGCUCCAGCUGCCGUCGGCGCUGCCGGGCGCCGUGUACCCCGCAGACCGGCAAUGCCAGCUGGCGUUCGGCCCCGACUCGCGGCACUGCGGGGACGUGCAGCCGCCCUGUGCUGCCCUAUGGUGCAGCGGCAUCGCGGGGGGCAGAGCCGUGUGCCAGACCAAGCACUUCCCAUGGGCUGACGGCACCCCGUGUGCAGCGGGACGCGUGUGUGCCAGCGGGCAGUGCGUGGGUACGGCCGCCAUGAGGGAGAUGCAGGUCCCCGUUGAUGGUUCCUGGUCGCCCUGGUCCCCCUGGAGCCGCUGUUCCCGGAGCUGCGGUGGCGGCGUUUCGUCCUCUCAGCGCUUUUGCUCCCGCCCCACACCGCGAAACGGCGGCCGGUUCUGCCGCGGGGAACGGCUGCGAUUCCGCUCCUGUAACAUCAACAAGUGCCCGGGGGGCAGCGCGUUCCGGGAGCAGCAAUGUGCCGCCUUCAAUCACCGCGUGCUCCCGGCGCUGCCGCCCGUUACCGACUGGGAGCCGCGUUACGGCGGCGUCGCGGCCGAGGAUCGAUGUAAAUUGAUCUGCCAGUCCCGGCAACUGGGCACGUACCAGGUGCUGCAGCCAAAGGUGGUGGAUGGGACGCCGUGCUCCCCGUCCAUCUCCGGUAUGUGUGUGUCCGGUCGUUGUGUCCCCGCGGGCUGUGACGGCGCCAUCGGCUCCAACAAGAGAUUCGAUAAAUGUCGGCGCUGCGGCGGGGACGGGACGGGCUGCGUCAGAGUGAGGGGGAGCUUCAGAGCAGCAGCCUCCGGGUACACUGACGUUGUGACCAUCCCCGCUGGCUCCACUCACAUCCUGGUCCGUCAGGGUCCCCCCCGCUCCCCCCACAUGGACAACAUCUUCCUCGCGCUCCGAGCCCCCAGUGGCCGCCCCCUCCUCAAUGGCGGCUCCGUCCUGGUGCCGUCGGAUCAUACAGUGACACUGACGGGGGGGGUGACACUGAGCUACAACGGGGCCACGGCCCCACAGGAGCAAUUAAUGGGGCCGGGGCCGCUCAUGGAGCCCGUGGUGCUGCAGCUGCUGGUGGGGGACGAGACGGAGCCGGCACGGCUCAAAUACAGCUUCUAUGUGCCCAUAAGGGAACAGCAGCAAUAAUAUGGGAUUCUAUGUGCCCAUAAAGGAACAGCAGCCAUAAUAUGGGAUCCUAUGGGAUUCUAUGGGACCAUAUAGGAACAGCAGCCAUAAUAUGGGAUCAUAUGGGACCAUAAAGGAACAGCAGCAAUAAUAUGGGAUCAUAUGGGAUUCUAUGGGACCAUAAAGGAACAGCAGCCAUAAUAUGGGAUCCUAUGGGAUUCUAUGGGACCAUAAAGGAACAGCAGCAAUAAUAUGGGAUCCUAUGGGACCAUAAAGGAACAGCAGCGAUAAUAUGGGAUUCUAUGGGAUCCUAUGGGACCAUAAAGGAACAGCACCAAUAAUAUGGGAUUCUAUGGGCCCAUAUAGGAACAGCACCGAUAACAUGGGAUCCUAUGGGACCAUAAAGGAACAGCAGCCAUAAUAUGGGAUUCUUCAGCCCCACAAAGGAACCAGCACCCACAACAUGGGCUUCUUCAGCCCCAUAAGUGGGUUUCUUCAGCCCCAUAAAGGACCAGCAUCCACAGCAUGAGCUUCUUCAGCCCCAUAAAUGGACUCUUUCAGCCCCAUAGAUUGGCUCCUUCAGCCCCAUAAAUGGACUCUUUCAGCCCCAUAGAUGGGCUCCUUCAGCCCCAUAAGGAACCAGCAUCAAUGUGGGAGUGACACAAGGCAGAGAUAUGGGGGACCCCACAGCAGCCACAACGUCAGCCGUUAUUCAUUGGGUUUAAUGUAUUGGGUUUAUUGUAUUUAUAGGGUUUAUUGUAUUGGGUUUAUUGUAUUGGGUUUAAUGUAUUGGGUUUAUUGUAUAGGGUUUAUUGUAUCUACCUCAAUGUAUCCCGGGGGUCCCAGCCCCCAGAACCACCCCUAUGUGCAUCUAUGGGGUUACUAAAAGCUAUUGAUGGA